AUGCUUUUACACGAUAAUUCAGUACUCCAAUAAUAAUAUUAGCCCAUGAGUUACUUCCCUACUCAACAACGCAACUACUAAAACUUCAAUCAUACUAUGAGCUAUCCAUAUAUGAUGCAAGGAAGUGGUAUGGGCUAUUAGCAAAUGGCAAACCCACUAAAUAGAAUUCAAAAGAUCUAGAAUGUAAAAAUCAUUGCACCAACUGUGACCAAUGAUUUAACCAACUACUUCACUCACUAAUAAAUGUUGCAAUAGCAUUAAAGCCAGUGCCUGAGCGGCAGACAAAUGCAAAAGAACUACAAGAAACAGUACAAGUGUUAUUCAGAUAGGAAAAACUCUGAUCCAUCAAAUAACUCUCAUAAUUUAAGUCAAAUUUCGAACACGAAUUAUGCUGAGAUGGAAAACUCAAGUAGAUAAGGAGUCAAUGACAAAAACCAAACCAAAAAUUAUUUGGAAGUUCCUAAGAUGGGUAAAGCCCAUAGAAAGGACAGUUCAGAGGAUUACGUGUCAGACUGCUCAACCCAAUCAGAUCUGACCCAGGCAACAGAAACUGCUGAAAUCGAACCAACUUAUACAGCUGUUAAAACUUCGCAUUAUCAUCCUAUUAAUAGUAAGAAUAAAAUAAUACAAGCUGCGAAACUAGUAUCUGUUAAUAAUGAGACUGACGAAUAGGUCGAGCUCGCCACUCUCAAAAAGCCUAAGAAAUACUUUAAAAACGAAGAGGAAAGAGACAACUUCGUCAGAUAGUACUAGAUGAAGAAGAAGACUGAGAUGUGUAGAAACUGGGAAAUAUCGGGCAGAUGUAAAUUCCAGGAUCAGUGUUCUUUCGCGCACGGAAAGCAUGAGUUAGUCAAGAAAGUGCACCUUCCCUCAAACUUCAAAACAAAAAUUUGCAAGUAGUAUCACACAACUCAGUUCUGUCCUUACGGCAACAGAUGUCAGUUCUUGCACUCGCAAUUUGACAUUAUGCACAGGGACUACGAACCUUCCACAAUUCUCCACGAAAACGUUAGACUUUCCAAUGAGAGAGCUAACCAACUCAAAGAAGUUGACGAACUUCUGCCCUAUGUCAACGUAUUCUAAACUAAACGUCUCAGAAUAUUUGAACAAAUUACUCCCAAUAAUAUGAAGCAAUUCAAAUGA